CCUGUCGUUUCCGGCGAGUGGCACUUGCCUCGCGCGCGGGGGUCAUCUUGGCGCCACUCACGCGCAGCGAGCCUGCAGGAAGUCAUGGCGGACACCCGCGGGAAACUUCUUCGCUAAUGGCGGACACUCGCGGGAAACUUCUUUAAAACUCACACUUUUCUGGCUCGGCGCUACUUUCAACUUGGCGCCAACUUCAUGACUUUGGGACAGUCUUCCUCAUUUAGGACAGUCUUCAUCAUUUAGGACAGUCUUCCUCAUUUAGGACAUUCUUCAUCAUUUGGGACAGUCUUCAUCAUUUCGGACAGUCUUCAUCAUUUCGGACAGUCUUCAUCAUUUGGGACAGUCUUCGUCAUUUCGGACAGUCUUCAUCAUUUCGGACAGUCUUCAUCAUUUCGGACAGUCCUCUUCAUCAUUUGGGACAGUCCUCUUCAUCAUUUCGGACAGUCCUCUUCAUCAUUUCGGACAGUCCUCUUCAUCAUUUCGGACAGUCCUCUUCAUCAUUUGGGACAGUCCUCUUCAUCAUUAGGACAGUCCUCUUCAUCAUUUCGGACAGUCUUCUUCACCAUGGAUCUUCUUGUCUAGCGGCUCCUUCUCCAACCACACCGGCCCGGACCUCCACCCCUUCCCUCUCGCCCACCACGCCGACCUUCCGCGCUCCAUGGCCGGCUGUGUGCAGGACGGCAGCUCGCUGUGGUUGCCGUGGAGACGGAGCCUCCUGCUGGCCGCGUGCUUGUGCGCGUGCGCGCUCGCGGCGAUCGGAGCGGAGGAGGAUUCCUUCAAGGCGGAGACGUGGCUGAGGAUGUACGGCUACCUGCCGCAGGCCAGCAGACAGAAGAUGUCCACCAUGCUCUCCACUCAGAUCUUGUCGGACGCCGUCAGUGACAUGCAGCGCUUCUACGGGCUGGAGGUGACGGGCCACAUGGACCCUCACACCAUCAGCGCCAUGAAGAGACCCCGCUGCGGCGUGCCCGACAAGUUCGGGGGUCAGAUCAAAACCAACGUGCGGCGGAGGCGUUACGCCCUGACCGGACACAAGUGGAACAAGAGCCGCCUCACGUUCAGCAUCCAGAACUACACGCCCAAGAUCGGCGAGUACAACUCCUUCGCCGCCAUCCGGCAGGCCUUCAAGGUCUGGGAGGGCGUCACCCCCUUGACCUUCGACGAGAUCCCCUACCAGGAGAUCAAAUAUGGACGCCGCAAGGAGCCCGACAUCAUGCUCUUCUUCGCCUCCGGUUUCCAUGGCGACAGCUCCCCCUUUGACGGGGAGGGGGGCUUCCUGGCCCACGCCUACUUCCCCGGACCCGGGAUGGGCGGGGACACCCACUUUGACUCCGACGAGCCCUGGACCCUCGGAAACCACAACGUACAAGGCAACGACCUCUUCCUGGUUGCCAUCCAUGAGCUGGGCCACGCUUUAGGUCUAGAACAUUCCCACAACCCUCUGGCCAUCAUGGCGCCCUUCUACCAGUGGAUGGAGACUCAGGACUUCCACUUACCUGACGACGACCGCAGAGGCAUUCAGCAGAUCUAUGGUACACCAGACAGCAGGCCCACACAGGCCCUGCCCACUGUGACCCCGCGUCACCCAGAGCCCAGACCACCUCCCAGUCCUCCUCGUCAGCCGGAGCGACCAAGGACCACAGACAGACCAGACCACUACGGACCUGACAUCUGUGAAGGCAACUUUGACACGGUGGCCAUGCUGCGGGGAGAGAUGUUUGUCUUCAAGGGCCGCUGGUUCUGGAGGGUGCGCAGGAACCGGGUUCUGGACAACUACCCCAUGCCCAUCGGGCACUUCUGGAGAGGACUGCCCGGGGACAUCGAUGCCUCCUACGAGAGACACGACGGCAGGUUCGUCUUCUUCAAAGCUCACAGGUUCUGGGUCUUCCGGGAAGCCAACCUGGAACCAGGUUACCCUCUGGAGCUAAUCGAUUACGGACGCGACAUUCCUUACGACCGCAUAGACGCCGCCAUCUGGUGGGAACCCUCGGGAUACACCUACUUAUUCCAAGGAGACAGGUACUGGCGCUUUGAUGAGCAGUCGCGCUCGGCCGACAGAGGCUACCCCAAAGCCAUUAGCGUGUGGGGCUCGGCUGUACCCGCCUCUCCCAAGGGCGCCUUCCUCAGCGACGAUGGCGCCUACACCUUCUUCUACAAGGGUUCCAAGUACUGGAAGUUUGACAACCACCGCAUGAAGAGCGAGCCGGGCUACCCCAAGUCCAUCCUGCGGGACUUCAUGGGCUGCAGCGUGGACCUGGACCCAGACACCGACACCGACUCCGACACCGCCGACAAGAACCCCGACGUCAACCGGCCGCCCUUCAACCCGGACGCCGGGCGCGACGACGACAAAGACGGGACGGACGGCGGCGUGGACUCGGAUGGCGACAAAGACCAGGAUGAGUCGGAGACUGUAGAGGAGGACACUAACGAGGUGGACGUGGUGCUGAAGGUGGACGACAGCCAGGAGAGGACCAUGAACAUCCUGAUGGUGUCCAUCCCGCUGGUCUUGGUGCUGUGCAUCCUGGGCCUGGUCUACGCCAUCAUCAACACGCUGCAGAGCAAGGGGGCGCCCCGGCUGCUGGUGCACUGCAAGCGCUCGCUGCAGGACUGGGUCUAGGACUGGGUCCAGGACUGGGUCUAGGACUGGAUCCAGGAUUGGGUCUAGGACUGGGUCCAAGACUGGGUCUAGGACUGGGUCUAAGACUGGGUCUAGGACUGGAUCCAGGAUUAGGGCUAGGACUGAGUCCAAGACUAGAUCUAGGAUUGGGAUUAAGACUGGGUCCAAGACUGGGCCUAGGACUGGGUCUAAGACUGGGUGUAGGACUGGUUCCAAGACUGGGUCCAAGACUGGGCCUAGGACUGGGUCUUGGACUAGGUCUUGGACUGGCUCUAGUACUGGAUCCAAGAUUGGGUCUAGGACUGGGUCCAAGACUGGGUCUAGGACUGGAUCCAGGACUGGGCCUAGGACUCGGUCCAGGACUGGGUCUAGGACUGGUUCCAGGACUGGGUCCAAGACUGGGUCCAGGACUGGGUCCAGGACUGGAUCCAGGACUGGGUCCAGGACUGGGUCUAGGACUGGGUCCAGGACUUGGUCUAGGACUGAAUCCAGGAUUAAGGCUAGGACUGGGUCCAGGAUUGGGCCUAUGACUGGGUCCAUGUCUGGGUCUAGGACUGGGUCCAGGAUUGGGUCUAGGACUGGGUCCAAGACUGGGUCCAGGACUGGGUACUAGGGCUGGAUCCAGGAUUGGGGAUAGGACUGGAUCCAAGACUGGAUCUAGGAUUGGGAUUAGGACUGGGUCUAAUACUGGGCCUAAAACUGGGCCUAGGACUGGGUCUAAGACUGGGUCCAAGACUGGGUCUAGGACUCGGUCCAAGACUGGGUCUUAGACUAGGUCUUGGACUGGGUCCAAAGCUGGGUCCAAAACUGGACCAAGGACUAGGUCUAAGACUGGCUCUUCGACUGGGUCUAGGACUAGAACUAAGACUGGGUCUAGAACUGGGUCUGACCCCAUCUGGAAGACCCCCAAAGACCCCCCCUCCCCCACUGGAGUUAUUUAAACCCACUUUGCACAUUCUCUUCUCCACUUUGUUGAUUCAUAAACAGGAAGUCGGUGCUCCUCCUUCCUGCUCAGCUGACGUCGUCAUGGAAACAGUCAUGUGACCGACUCACCUUCUUGCAAGAACAAGAAGUUGUUGCAAUAAAACUUCAGCUGGUCUUCUUUCUUCCAAACUUACAACCAUGGAUCUGAGGAGGAAGUGCCACGUAGCAGUUCAUGUAGCGGUUCACGUAGCGGUUCACGUAGCGGUUCACGUAGCGGCUCACAUAGUGGUUCAUGUAGCGGUUCACGUAGCGGUUCACGUAGCGGUUCACGUAGUGGUUCAUGUAGCGGUUCACGUAGUGGUUCAUGUAGCGGCUCACGUAGCGGCUCACAUAGCGGUUCAUGUAGCGGUUCACGUAGCGGUUCACGUAGUGGUUCAUGUAGCGGUUCAUGUAGCGGCUCACGUAGCGGCUCACGUAGCGGCUCACAUAGCGGUUCAUGUAGCGGUUCAUGUAGCGGUUCACGUAGCGAUUCACGUAGUGGUUCACGUAGUGGUUCACGUAGCGGCUCAUGUAGCGGUUCAUGUAGCGGUUCAUGUAGUGGUUCAUGUAGCGGUCCACGUAGCGGUCCACGUAGCGGUCCACGCCGGCUGGUCAAGAAGACUCAUGGGAACUCGGGUCAUGAAAAGCCAGCAGGCGCACAUUUGCUGACCCGCACUUACCCUAAACCACUUUGCAUCCUCGCUCUUAUUUUGGCGGUCAGACGUGUUUGUGUUAAAGACGUUGUCUGUUCCAGGGUCCAACAUGUCCUCACUUGGUACCAAGAGUCCACAAGUCUGCUAACAAAAACCAAAGACAAGUUGAAUGGUGUCAGUGUGAGCGCCCCCUGAAGGACCUCAGUGGUACUACAAGACUCUUCUUCUUUCACAUGUGACCCACAUGGUGCUGGUGCUGGUGCUGGUGCUGGUCCUGGUGCUGGUCCUGGUACUGGUGCUGGUGCUGGUGCUGGUGCUGGUCCUGGUGCUGGUCCUGGUACUGGUGCUGGUGCUGGUGCUGGUGCUGGUCCAGCACAUGACUGCACAGGAAACCUGAGCUUUCAUUUUGUGUCGCCCCUCCCCCUUUUCAAAGGGGGAGGGGCGACACAGGAGGGAGGGAGGUGGUGAGGAAAGUGUCAUGUGACUGCCUUUCACCUCAAACAUCACCCAAUUUAAUCAGCACUAAAAGCCCCCCAUGACCCCAUGACCUCAUGACCUCAUGACCCCAUGACCUCAUCUCCUCCUCCUGCACGUCAGACAUGAGCAGUGGAUGUCAGAUCAGAGUGUGUGCAGCAGAUCAUAUCAUCUUCAUCACAUGCACGACAAUCUGGUUAUUAAUUACAAUAAUAUCAUUAUUAAUGACAAUAGUGACAUUAAUGACAUUAUUGUUAUUAAUGAUAGUAAUUACAAUAAUAUCAUUAUUGUUAUUAAUGACAUUAGUGACAUUAAUAACAUUAUUGUUAUUAAUGAUAGUAAUUACAAUAAUAUCAUUAUUAAUGACAAUAGUGACAUUAAUGACAAUAAUGUCAUUGUUAUUAAUAAUAAUGACUUGAUUGUUAUGAGUAAGAAUAACAAAUAUGAUAUUGUUGACAUGAAUAACAAUAAAAGCCCAUCACUUCUUGUUGAAGGCAGCGAGGAUUACAGGUCAAAGGUCACGUGUGAGGGAGGUGUCCUCACUGAUGAACCAACAAAGAAGAGAAACCACCUCAACAUUGUUGCUUCUUCCUUCCUCUUGUUUUGUCCCACUACUUCCUCUUGUUUUGUCCCACUACUUCCUCUUGUUUUGUCCCACUACUUCCUCUUGUUUUGUCCCACUACUUCCUUUUGUUUUGUCCCACUACUUCCUCUUGUUUUGUCACACUACUUCCUCUUGUUUUGUCCCACUACUUCCUUUUGUUUUGUUCCACUACUUCCUCUUGUUUUGUCCCACUACUUCCUCUUGUUUUGUCCCACUACUUCCUUUUGUUUUGUUCCACUACUUCCUCUUGUUUUGUCCCACUACUUCCUCUUGUUUUGUCACACUACUUCCUCUUGUUUUGUCCCACUACUUCCUCUUGUUUUGUCCCACUACUUCCUUUUGUUUUGUCCCACUACUUCCUCUUGUUUUGUCACACUACUUCCUCUUGUUUUGUCCCACUACUUCCUUUUGUUUUGUUCCACUACUUCCUCUUGUUUUGUCCCACUACUUCCUCUUGUUUUGUCCCACUACUUCCUUUUGUUUUGUUCCACUACUUCCUCUUGUUUUGUCCCACUACUUCCUCUUGUUUUGUCCCACUACUUCCUUUUGUUUUGUUCCACUACUUCCUCUUGUUUUGUCCCACUACUUCAUUUUGUUUUGUUCCACUACUUUCUUUUGUUUUGUUCCAUUACUUCCUUUUGUUUUGUCCCACUACUUCCUUUUGUUGCACUACUUCCUUUUGUUUUUGUCACACUACUUUAUUUUAUUUUGUUCCACUCCACUACUUCCUUUUGUUUUGUUCCACUACUUCCUUUUGUUUUGUCCCACUACUUCCUUUUGUUGCACUACUUCCUUUUGUUUUUGUCACACUACUUUAUUUUCUUUUGUUCCACUCCACUACUUCCUUUUGUUUUGUCACACUACUUUAUUUUCUUUUGUUCCACUCCACUACUUCCUUUUGUUUUGUUCCACUACUUUAUUUUGUUUUGUCCCACCACUUCCUUUUGUUUUGUCAUACUAUGUUCUUUUGUUUUGUCCCACUACUUCGUCGUGUUCCUCUACUUCCUCUUGUCCCACUACUUCCUUUUGUUUUGUCCCACUACUUCCUCGUGUUCCUCUACUUCCUCUUGUCCCACUACUUCCUUUUGUUUUGUCCCACUACUUCCUCGUGUUCCUCUACUUCCUCUUGUCCCACUACUUCCUUUUGGUUUGCCCCACUACUUCCUGGUGUUCCACUACACCACUUCCUGUUGUCCCCCCUGCUUGCCACAGGAAGUGGUGUCAGGAUCAGGAAGUGAUCAUCUGUCCGUGAAUUUGUUAGUCUUUGAUGUUUUUGAUGAUUUUGUGUUGCUAACAUUCCAAUUGUUGUUUUUUUUUGCUUAGUGAUUAGAUUAGAAGUGUGUAGUGUGUGUAGUAGUUGUGUUGACGAGCCAUGCUGGACAUGUACACAAUAAAAACCUUACAAGUUG